UCAAUCUUAUCAACGACAAAUAUGUUUAUUCUAAUAUAAUCUUUCUAUACCUUGAUUUAAUCGUUCUCACUGCUUCCUACCAUAACAAGAAAUUCAAUUACUUUUCAAGCCUUUCAGAAAUGUAAUCUUGUCAUUGCACUCAUCAUACCAUGCCUCCAACUCCAAGUCCAACACCUGAUCGCUAUUCAGCAUGGAAUCCGUAUGUGAUCGGUCCGAUUAUCGUUGUCUGCUCUUUCAUUCUCUUGUUCGGUUACUGCAAAUUCCUCAACAGGAUUUGUUGUGCGCCACUGAGUACUCUAAGUUCAGCCAGACAUCCGGUCCAGAUGAGGCGUAUUAAUGAGAGUAACUUCCAGGAUCCGUCGUUGGAGUAUCACAGCAAUGGACUCGAAUCUAAUAUCAUGCACUCGCUCCCAAUAUCUCAGUUCAAGAAUAAGAAAGAUGCAGAACAUAAAGAAAGCGACAACGAAUGCGCAGUUUGUUUGGGAGAAUUCGAAGAAGGUGAAUGGCUGAAACAUCUGCCAAAUUGUGUUCAUGUCUUUCACAUUGCGUGCAUCGACACUUGGUUUCAGACGCACUCGAAUUGCCCACUCUGUAGAACUCAGGUUUAUGACCCAAGUCUUGAAUCUUAUAUUUCUAUGAAUACAUUACUAGAGACUCUACGGAGAGAAGACUUUUUACAUGGAGGAGACAGCAUUACUAGGUAAUAAGGUCUGCAAUUUUCGCAAUCCUGUGCUUAGAGCAGAAGAAACAAGAACUUAGGUGGAGAUAUUAUUUAGGUUUGUUGAGCAUU